AUGACCAAUACAAGGCCCAACAUCCUCUUCAUCAUGGCUGAUGACCAUGCCUCCAAAGCCAUCAGCGCUUACGGAGCUGGCAUCAACCACACUCCAAAUAUUGACCGGCUUGCAGCAGAGGGAAUGAAGUUCAACCACUGCUAUGUCACCAACUCCAUCUGCACUCCGUCCCGCGCGGCCAUUCUCACGGGUACCCACAACCAUGUCAACGGCGUCAUGACGCUGAACGACAACAUCAACAAGCACUUGCCAAACGUCGCGAAGCACAUGCGUACCGGCGGAUACAGCACGGCAAUGGUCGGCAAGUGGCACUUGGGCGAAGGCAGACCGCACGAGCCCACCGGCUUCGACUACUGGUCUGUUCUCCCCGGACAGGGCGAUUACUGGGACCCCGAGUUCAUUGAGCCAGCGGGAGAAAAGGUUGAAGAUGGCUACGUUACAGACAUCAUCACCGAUAAGUGUCUCGACUGGAUCUCCAAGACAAAAAACACCGACAAGCCCUUCUUCCUCAUGUGCCACCACAAGGCUCCGCACCGCUCGUGGGAGUGCAACGAGAAGCACAAGGACCUAUACAAACACCCGAUACGCGUUCCCGAGACAUACGACGACGACUACAAGAACCGCGCAAAGGCUGCAAAAGUUGCAAAAAUGCGCGUGGCAGAGGAUAUGACGUACCAGGAUCUGGGUCUCGUCCAGCCAGACGGUGGUAACAAGGUCGGCGAGCGUGUCGUUCAGGAGGCGGGCUCUGCGCAGCGCAAGAUUCCCAUUGAUGCUAAGAGACUGAUCGAUAAGGAGGAUGGGACGGUGUUCACCUUCAAGAGCCAAGACGACCUUGCUCAUUUCAAGUUCCAGAGGUACAUGCAGCGAUACCUGCGAACCAUCCAGUCUGUCGACGACAACGUCGGGCGGAUGCUUGACUACCUCGAAGAAAACGGGCUUGCAGAGAACACCAUUGUGAUCUACACCUCAGACCAGGGUUUUUUCCUUGGUGAACACGGCUGGUUCGACAAGCGAUUCAUGUACGAGGAGUCUUUCCAGAUGCCCUUCCUCAUUCGAUAUCCGGCGGGAAUCGCCAAAGGCUCUGUGUGCGACGACAUCAUUUGCAAUGUCGAUUUCGCGCCUACCUUCCUCGAUUUCGCAAACCUCCAUAUCCCAAGCUACAUGCAAGGCGAAUCUUUCCGGCAGUUACUGCAGGGGAACACACCGGCAGAUUGGCAGCAGAUUGCCUACCACCGGUACUGGAUGCACAAUGACAUUAUCCACCACGCCUAUGCGCAUUAUGGCGUGAGAGAUCAGCGAUACAAACUCAUCUACUGGUACAACGAGCCGUUGGAGAUUAGUGGCGCCAGGCCGGGCGGGGAGAAGGAUAAGGAGUGGGAGUUGUUCGAUUGCGAGAAGGAUCCAUUGGAGCUGUUCAAUGUUUACCAUGAUCCAGCUUACGCCGAUACAGUGAAGCAUAUGACGAGAUUGCUAGAGUUGAAGAUGGAACAAAUUGGCGAUGAGCCGGUUCAUCCCAAAGGUGUUGAUGCUGGCGGAUUAGUGGAUUUGGCAACGUGUCCCAUCGAAACGAUUUACCUGCAAUACCCCUCGGAUGAGAAUGAUUUCAGCAAUGACGGAGACUGUGGUGAUGGGGGCUCUUAUAGACUCUACGUGAGACUGGAGAUAACUCGGAGGGACAUUAUGAAGUUAACAAGAGGAGUGACUCUUUGCGACCAGCCUUUCUUGCCUUUGACGAAACUCAUUGGCGAUUUCGAAAGCGACCUGAGCGAAAUCGGAUCGCUGAUGCCAGACGGAACGAACUUCUCUAUGGUCAAUAUCGGAGCCCUUGAAAGCGACCGAUGGCUGCGGAGACGGCUAUUCAUGCACAUUUCAUUCCACCAAGCCCAUUGCGACUUGUACCGAAUCUUGCUUUCAGGAUAUCCCGAAGCAGCACCUCGCGUAGUUCUCGAGGCAGUAGACGUGGACUACAUCACCACGGCAGAACAAAACUGUCUCGAACACGCCACCGCCAUCAUUCAGAUCUUGACCAGCCUCAAUCAACACAGUACGGAACUUCUGCUUCUCGAAUUCGACACGGCUAUUUGCGCCUACCACGCCACGAGGCUUUUGCUUUUCAUAGCCCGAGCACAAAGAACGCCCGGCUGUCCCUCACCAGAGUUUGCCUUGAGCCGCGCAGCUUUGUGUCUGGCUGCGCUUCAGCGUUUCUUUCCUUCUUCCGCACUGGUCAAACCCAUCAUCGACGAUAUGGAGCGACUUUCCCGGGGCGAUGCACCUCAAGAAGCCGGGAUAGGCGGGCUAUCGUCGCCAGAGUUUCAAGAAGGAAGACGGAAUCUAGAACAGCGACUUUCAGAGGUAGCAAAAGCGAGACAGAGACUGGCAAUCCACAGUCUGCUGAGGCAAGCUGACUUUACCGACGAGGAUGAGGGAGACGAUUACUCCUCUUCCAUGUCUGCGUCCGGGUUGUCCCCUAUCAUGAUGAGGCGCACGCCCUAG